AUGCAAUAUAGUUCGAGGUUCCUAGAAUUGAAUAUCCCGGAUUCAUUUCUCAAUAUUAAUAAGAUUCCUGAUGCUACCAAAUUUAUUACAGCCACUUAUAUAUGUUUAACAGCGACUCUUUUCUGUAUAAGGAGAUCCUUGUACAACAAGUUAAUUCUUGAAGACCCCAAUGUGGACUACAACUUGAUCACUUCGCCUAUUCUGCAAAUGGUACCUUCGCAUAUUUGGAGGUAUCCUACAUCAUUGGUUCUAUCAAACUUCAUCGACACUAAAGUUUGGAAAGUGGUAGUGAACUUAUUGAAUUUAAUUAUUGGUGGAUCCUUUAUCGAACGCAAUUGGAACUCUUCCAAAGAAAUGUUUAAAUUUAUCAUAGUUUUAGGUUCUCUGACAAAUCUUCUGAUCAUCGUGUUGACCUUGUUACUAUCAUUCCUCUCCAAUAGAGUAAGACUGGAUAUUCCCUUAGACGGGAACUAUACAAUUUUGAUCGGUUUCCCUAUAAUCUAUAGACAGUUACUACCUGAAACAACUAUAGUCAAUCUGAAGACACCUCAAUUUUUAGCAAAAAACUUUAGGUUCAAGUUACUACCUAUUUUUGUUAUGUUCACUAUGACAGUAACUCAAAUAAUAUGGUUUCAUCAUUUUGCCCAAUUGUUCUCCAUUUGGGUUACAUUUUUUGCUAGUUGGUCAUACUUGAGAUUCUUCCAGAAGCUUGCACCAUUGAAUUGUCCGUCUUUGCCAACAACUAGUUCUCAAGAUGGUCAGGAAAUACUGGUUGGCGAUGCAUCUGAUACUUUUCAAUUGAUUUACUUCUUUCCCGAUCUGAUUAAGCCUAUUUUAAGGCCGAUCUUCAAUUUCAUUUAUGAUGUAGUUGUUGUAAAAUUUAAAGUCAUUAAACCUUUUCAUGAUAUAGAUAUCGAUAUUGGAAAUUCCAUCGCAGAAAGUAGAGGUGCCAAAAAGAUCACAACUGUAGAAGAAAGACGAAGACAGCUAGCUUUACAAGUUUUGGAGGAACGUAUGGAGAAUCCUUGA